GCAAAACGCCUUCCAUAUAGAGAAGCUAUGGCUUCCAAAAUUCACAGGGGUAGCUCCUCCCAAGGCUCCUGGAGAGAGGAGAUGCAGCAGGCUUCAGAUAAGUCAGUUAUAAUCAGUGAAAUUUUGGACCCAAGGACUAAAAACCUCUUGUCUAUGUCAAAGAUAAGUGACUAUGUUUUGUCAAAUGAGCUUGUUAGCAUGGCAUUGGCCAUGGUGGCAGAGGACCGUCAAAUAAAUGAUGUAUUGGAAGAACUUUUCGCUGAAGAGGGAAAUGAGAUGCAAAUAAGAGGGGCAGAUCUCUACCUUUGUGAGGGUGAGGAGUUGAGUUUCUACGAAGUGCUCCUACGUGCGCGACAAAGAAGAGAGAUUGUGAUUGGUUACCGUCUUGCUAAUGCAGAAAAAGCUAUCAUCAAUCCCCCAGCCAAAACAGAGAGAAGAAGGUGGUCAGUCAAGGAUGUUUUUGUUAUAAUAGCUGACAAGGAAUAAAAAAUACUAACAGUGAAAUCCUUUUAGCCACCUGAAUUUCUCGCGUAUCACUGGUAAUGCAAGGUGCUGUAAGAUCUUGUCAGUCACAUCUCAAAUAAAUGAGCUAUGGAUGGAGAUGAAAGAGCACUGAGUAUAACGAUGACAUUUUGGUUCAGGAACCAUAGCGUUACACAAUCAACCAAUUUGUUGCCUCAUCAACUCUUGUUGUUCGUUCACCGAGUGUACUAGGAUAAUUGGUUACAGUUUUCUCUAAAUGCCAUAGGCAGUAGACUCUUUCCUCUCAUGGAAAGGUAUAACAAUGUCUCUAUAACGAUGCCAAUUUUGUUGUAUAUCAAGCCUUCAAUGUGUUGUACCACUACACUAACUGUGAAGGCACAAAUAUUUAUGUUGAACUUUGAUCUAUAAUGCAGAAAGGUAUCAUCAAAUUCUUGGGCUA